UUUCUCUCGCCUCAUGAAUGCGCGCCUUUAUUUCCCAUCCUCCUAGUGCGUGGCCGCGCUGCGCGCCCCCGCCAUCGCGUCAGGAGGAGGCAGCCCAACUGGUCCUGAAGCUGAGGAUGAUGAUGAUGAUGAUGGCGGUGAUGGAGGAGCAACGCUGAGUUCGCUCUCUCAGUUUUUCGCUCCCCCCUUUUCAUCCAUUCACCGAUUAUAUAUAUAGAUAUAUAUACAAAAACAUAGAGAUAUAGAAGCGACACCGCGCGGUUUGACCUCCUACUACCUUUCUCUCCAGCUCCCUCCCGUCUCUCCUGAGCCGAGAUGGGGAACGAAGCGAGCAUGGAGGGCGGCGGGCAGCCCGGGGAGCCGGGAGGAACCGCCGGGAUGAUGGGCUCGGUGAUGCCCGCUGGAGGACCAGGAGGACCACCGGGGGCUGGACAGCACAUGAAGCCGCUCAACGGAACCGCUGCCGGGGGAGGGAUGAUCGGAGGCCCCGGGACCGGGAUGGGAAUGGGGAUGACGAGGGGUCCAAUGGGUCCGAUGGGUAGCCCCAAGGUUGGCAUGCAACAAGGAGGCCAUGGAGGAGGAGGAGGAGGAAUGGGAGGAAUAGGAGGAGGUAUGGGAGGAGGUAUGGGAGGAAUGGGAGGAGGAGGAAUGGGAGGAGGAAUGGGAGGAAUGGGAGGAGGAGGUAUGGGAGGGAUGGGAGUAGGAAUGGGCGGAGGUGGAGGAAUGGGAUCCAGAGCUGGCGAGCCCUACCGCCUGGCCACUCACGAUACUCCGACUUCCCCCCGACACAUGCAGUCAAGCCAGGGGCACGGCCCAGGACACGGCCCAGGGCACGGCCCAGGGUCUGGCCACGGGAUGGGUCACGGUCCAGCUGGGACCCACAUGGGAGGCCACGGAGGUCAUCCAAGUCCCGGUCAGCACGCCUCCCGUCGAAACCUCCAAGUCGACUUCAGCGGUUCGGGCGGCUCCAGGACGGGCCGGUCUCCCUCUGCGUCUCCCGAUCGCGGCGUGACGCCCACCUCGCCCUACUCGGUACCACAGAUCGCACCGAUGCCGAGCAGCAAACUGUGCCCAGUGUGCACCAGCACAGAGCUGUCCAACCCACCGGCUGUACCCAACUACAACACCUGCACCCAGUGUAAGGCCACCGUCUGUAACCAGUGUGGAUUCAACCCCAACCCACACCUCACUGAGGUCCAGGAGUGGCUGUGUCUCAAUUGUCAGAUGCAGAGAGCUCUUGGCAUUGAUAUGACCACGCCUCGCUCUAAGAGCCAACAGCAGAUUCACUCCCCGUCCCACCAAGCCAAACCCAUCGUCCAGCCUCAGCAGCCCGCACCUCAGCCAACAAAGCCGGCAGCAGCAGUACAGCCCAAACCUUUGGCACAGAGUCAGCCCUCCCAGCGGCAGCAACAGCAACAGCAACAGCAACAGCAACAGCAACAGCAACAGCAACAGCAACAGCAACAGCAGCCGCAGCCGCAGCCUCAGUCUCAGUCUCAACCCUACGGCCAGGCUCAACCCUACUCCCAGUCGCAGCCAUACUCCCAGUCGCAGCCAUACUCCCAGGCGCAGCAGUAUCCCCAGUCUCAGCCACAGUCGUUCCCUGCGUCCAAGCCAGGGCCCCAGCCUCAGCCUCAUACCUCCCCAGGCUUGCAGAGACACCCAGGCCCUAGCGGCCCUCAGACUCAGACAGGGUCCUUUCAGCAGGGCAUGAGGUCCGACCCGUACUCCCAGAGAGGUCCCGGAGCUCCAGGAGCUGUUGGAGGUCCUACAGGAGGCCUCAACCAGCCUGGAGGUCCACGGAUUCCCCACCCUGGCGCUGUGCCCCUCCCCGGCUUGACAAAGGCUCCGUCCCAGCCCGAUUUGGGUCGCGGUUCCCCGAUGCAUCAGUCUAUGGCGCGGCACCAUGACCAGACCAGAAGCGCUGGCUCCUCCCCGGCCCACAGACCUCAGAGUCAGGCCCCUCCUCCCGCCCAGGACGGCCUGACCAAACUGUUUGGCUUCGGGGCAUCGCUGCUCAAUCAGGCGAGUACCCUGAUCAAUGUUGACCCUCUACCCACUGCCUCCACCCAGCCGAGCCCUGCACGAGGCAAGGUGGUGUUCAGUAAUGCACCUCCUGACAGCAAGCAGCAACAACAAGGGGCCCCUGGCACCAAGCCAUUCGGUAUGGGGGGCCCUCACGCUCCAACUCAAAUGGGUGGCCCUCACGCUCCAACUCAAAUGGGUGGCCCUCACGGUCCAACUCAAAUGGGUGGCCCUCAUGUGCCGGGCCAAAUGGGUGGCCCUCAUGCGUUGAGCCAAAUGGGUGGCCCUCAUGCGCAGAGCCAAAUGGGGGGCCCUCAUGCGCAGAGCCAAAUGGGUGGCCCUCAUGCGCAGAGCCAAAUGGGGGGCCCUCAUGCGCAGAGCCAGAUGGGUGGCCCUCAUGCGCAGAGCCAAAUGGGAGGCCCUUAUCCAACAAGUCAAAUGGGGGGUACUCAUGCGCAGAGCCACAUGGGAGGACCUUAUCCAUCGGGCCAAAUGGGGGGUCCUCAUACGCAGAGCCAAAUGGGAGGACCUUAUUCAUCGAGCCAAAUGGGAGGUCCCCACAUGGGAGGUCCCCACAUGGGUGGACCAACCCAAAAGCAGCAGACCACGCCACAUCAACAAGGAAUGCCGCAACAGCAGUCGCCCGCGCAUCAUCAAAAAGGGCAACAACAUCAGCAAUCACCUGCUCAUCAGCAAAAAGCGCCGCAGAAGCAGGAGCCCGUGGCGGCCCCAGCGCCUACUCCAGAGCCCGCAAAGCCUAAAGUGAACUGUCCUCUUUGUAAAACGGAACUGAACAUCGGCAGCUCCGACCCGCCCAACUACAACUCCUGUACGCAGUGUCACAGCCAAGUGUGUAACCUGUGCGGCUUCAACCCCACACCACAUCUGGUGGAGAAAAAGGAGUGGUUAUGUCUCAACUGCCAGACCCAGCGGCUAUUGUCCGGAGGAGGUCUCGACGAACCUCCACUUCCUGUUCCUCAUUCGUCUCCCAAACACCCGCCAAUGGGCUCGCCCCGUCACCAGGCGCCGACCAGUCAGCAAAGCCCUCUCCACAAAACCAUCAAUCAGCAGGGGCCCAGGCCGACCCAGCCCCAGACGCAGAAAGCGCAGGCGGGAACUGGCGGUAGCGGAUCGUUUGCACCCAAUGCUGCCAAACAACUGACCGACUCCAAGACCACGACGCCAGCUACGGCACCGGUAUCGACCACAGAGAGCCAGAAACAUCCGAAACCCACGGAGGAGAAACCCAAAACCGAGCCUGAGAACCAAACUGCCAAAGACCCCAAACUCUCCCAGAAGAAAGGAGAGCCGAUCACACCGAUCAAGGAAAUCAAGAAGUCCAGGCACUAUGACGAUACAAAAAACAACAGCACCCAUGACUUGUCACGCAGCCCUCAGAGCCUCAGCGACACCGGCUACUCCUCUGACGGCAUCUCCAGCUCCCACAGUGAAAUCACGGGUCUAAUCCAAGAAGAGGAGAUGAAGCUGAGUGAGAGGGGGAUCAGUGGACGGGGCUCCCCACCAAGCCCUUCUGAAAUCACCAAGCUAGAAAGCUCCAUGAGGCCUUUGCUGGAGAAGAGCCUUUCUGAAGAGAAGGUGGACAGAAGGGGGAGGAAGCACAGAGAUAGAGACUUGGAUGACAGAGGGAAGCAGCGCCCACGCUCCCUGUCAAUCCCGCCAGAUUCAUACGACUCUGACGAGGAACUAGAAGAUAUACUAGAGGAGGAAGAAGAUGCAGGAGACUGGGAGGGUAAACGGAAGGAAGGGAAGGAGGAGAAGAAGGAGAAGAAAAAGAAGGAAAAAGAGGAAAAAGAGCCCACAGAGAUGACCGAUGAGGAGUUCAUGAGGAGACAAAUACUGGAGAUGAGCGCUGAUGAAGAAAAUGAGGAGGAAGAGGAAGAGGAAGAGGAAGAUGAGGAAGAUGAAGGAUAUGGCUACCAGAAACCCAAGAAAAGCCACCAUAAACAUACCAUCUCUGAGUCGCAGAAAGAGAAAAGACGUCUUCAGCACCACUCCAGUAGUUUUGAGGAGGAAACUAAGAGCUCUACCGAUGUUUACAAAGGCUCAGUGGAGGAGGGUGAGGAAGAUGUGAUGGCAUCACAGGGAGGCUUGAGGCGCUUCAAAACCAUUGAACUCAAUAACACCAGUAGCUACAGCCGAGACAUGGAGCUUGGCAAUGAAAAUGACUUGAGCCUUGAUCGGGAACCAGAGCUAGAGAUGGAGAGCCUGACGGGAUCUCCAGAGGAGCGUUCUCGGGGUGAAUACUCCUCCACUCUGCCGGCCACUUCAUCCUCAUAUGGCUCAGGCCAGUCUCCUACUUCCAUCUCCUCAAUGGAGGAGGACAGUGACAGCAGCCCCAGCAGGAGGCAAAGGCUGGAAGAGGCCAAGCAGCAGAGGAAAGCACGCCACCGCUCCCAUGGCCCUCUCCUUCCCACCAUUGAAGACUCCUCAGAAGAGGACGAGCUGCGAGAGGAAGAAGAGCUUCUGAGAGAGCAGGAGAAGAUGAGGGAGGUGGAACAACAGAGAAUAAGGAGCACAGCACGAAAGACCAAGAGGGAUAAGGAGGAGCUGAGGGCUCAGAGGCGCAGAGAGAGGUCCAAGACGCCACCGAGCAAUCUCUCACCCAUUGAAGAUGCUUCUCCAACAGAAGAGCUGAGACAAGCUGCUGAAAUGGAAGAACUCCAUCGUUCUUCUGCUUCUGAAUAUUCCCCUCAGAGUCUGGACUCGGAGGCUGAGGGAUACGAGCCCAAACUUUACAAGUCAGGCAGCGAAUACAACCUGCCUACCUUUAUGUCUCUCUACUCCCCAGUAGAGAAAUCAUCAACGACAACGACCACCACGGCACCGUCUUCAACUUCCAAACCGCUAAAGAGCGCCGAGGAGGUUUAUGAGGAGAUGAUGAGGAAGGCAGAGAUGCUUCAGAAACAACAGCAGCAACAGCAGCAGCACGGAAGACAUGGGCAGUACUACGAGGAGGACGUCAAUGGCCAAGGUUAUGAUGAAGAUUAUGAAUAUGAACAGGAUGCAGGAUAUGACAACGAGGCAGCAGAGACAGAAACAGACAUCUACGAGGAGAUCCGCCAAACGUCUCAGAACAUCACCAAGAUGCAGCAGGCCACUGAUGAGCAAGUAGAGAUUGAGAUUGAGAGCACCUACGCAGACAAACAGCUUCUAGACACAGGCUCAGCUUUUGCUAAGCUACUGGAGCAAAGCAAUGCUCUACUAACUCCAGGGACCAGCCCGACCCAGAUCUCAGCUCCUGUCUCCUUUGCUGAGACUGGAGGACGGAUUCCUGAUGUCCGAGUAACACAGCACUUCUCUGCAAAGGAUGGACACAAAGAAAAGAUCAAAAGCCAAGCUGGAAAGAAUGGAAUAACUCCAGCAGUGGCUGCCACCACUAUUGCAGCUUAUGGUGUUUAUGCCAGAGAUGCAGUAACUAUCUCUACGACUAGUACAAGCCACACUAUGACGUCUACUCAGUCUGGAAUAUAUGGCCGGCCCACUACAGGUCCUGCCACAUCUUCUGCUACAGUCUCAAGUGUGUGCAGCAAGAUUGCAGAGAUUACCCAGGCUUACAGUCAAAGAGAAGUGAUCACCAGAAGGGUAGGGGACACCAGGGAUGUCCAGGUGCGAGACAGCUCGACAUCUUCCACUGAGAGAAUAAUUGAGCCACGUUCUCCCAAGUAUACUACUUAUUACAGGAGCACCAGUCCUCCUCUUUCUCCAUCACCACCACCACAGAGUCCCACCCGUUCACCUUCCAGAAGGAAUACAGCUGAGUUCUCUACACAGACUUUCAGUUCAGCGUUACGAAUGUCCGAGUCAGCUGGUCCUGGGCCUACAUCUCCAGUGUCGGCUCAGGGAACCCAAACAUCACAACAUCGAUCAGCUUCCCCGCGGCUCUAUCGUCAGCAGUCUUCCCAGGAUGCCCCAUACUCCCCACCUCCAAGCCCAGCUAGGCCAAUGACAGUGAACACCGCUACUUCUCCCCUGUCUUCGCCUACUCGAUUUAGCCGCCAAUCAACAUUUGAGAAUUACUCCCCAUGUGGCAGCCCUCCAGACACGCCACCUUACCAACAGUCUCCUAUGCGUAGCUUCUACCAAACACAAAGAGUGGAGAAAGUAAAUGUGGGAACAAGUAUGGUCACCACAGCCAGCGGUUACACCAGAGGGUCCAUGUCAAUGGACAACAUCUCCCUCUGUCGAAUAUCUACAGUCCCAGGCACUUCUAGGGUAGAGCAGGGCCAUAUGAUCCAAGGUGGAAGUGUUGUGGACCUCAGAACAAUCACCAAACCGGCUCCUAUUAUCAUGACUGACCAGGGAAUGGAUCUCACCUCCUUGGCCACGGAAAGCAGGAAAUACCAUGGUGGAUCAGAGGGUAGCAGACAUUCAACGAUUGUACAGCCACUGAUUAUGAACCUGAACACCCAGGAGAUCAUCACACCAACCACCGUGAGUGUCACUGUGGCUGCUUCCAUGUUCAUGACCCAACCCAAACAGCCAACAGUCUAUGGCGACCCCCAUCAAAACCAAGUGGAUCUGGGUCAGGGCAUGGGUUCGGCUGUUUGUCUUUCCCAGAACAAACCGAUCUCACCUCCAACUGACCCAACAAUACCAAAAAUUGAUGCCAAACUGGAAGACCUCAGUGUCCAACAGAGAGAGUUACAAAUACAGCAAGAGAAGCUACAGAAGCAACAACAGCUCCUUGAACACCAGUUGCAGCAGCAUCAUCAUCUGCAACAUCAGCAGCAACAGGCAUCCGCUUUGGCCAGGUACGGCAUGACUGGCCAGAUCUCACCUUUACUGAAAAAAGACUUGCUAGUCAGUCAGACUAGCGCUGCCUCAGCUGUGGUCAGCGCUGUAACACCAGUCAUUAACCCCGAGCUGUAUGGGACUGGUCCCGUUGAGCUGAAAGGGAAGCCCAGUCCUCCUGGUUUGAUGUCAGGAGGUAAUCUACCACAUAGCAUGGUCGUACAGAUGGACGCAGGGCCAGAGCAGGUCAGGGCGGUGACUCAGCUAGUGAAGGUAGAAGAAGGACAGGAUGCUAUGGAUCUGACAGGAGGCCAAAUUAAACCCGACAACCAACCAGCUUGCUGUGAUGUUGUUUACCGACUUCCAUUUGGUGGAAGCUGUGUUGGCGGUGAGAAAGAGGGCAUAAGGCCUCCAUCUGCCCCACCUCUCACUUAUGAGUCCGACCAAGAAAGACAACCUGGAGGGUACAAUGAGUAUCCAAUGGAUAUUGAACGUAAGGCCUACACUUUACCUUUCCCUGGUAGGCUCCAGCCUUCGAUGUCUGAUACGAACCUAGCUGAUGCUGGGCUACAGUACCAUUCUAAACUAGAGCCCCAACUCCAAGCCUCAGGAGACCUUGCCAUGGAUCUAACUGCUAUGAAACAGGCUUAUGGAGGGUUUAUGGGGAUGCAGUAUGGCUCCUAUACAGAUUUACGGCACGGAGGAGACAUCACAGCCCAAGCGCUGCCUAUAAGGAGAUAUAAUUCCUUGUCUAACAUCAGUUCAGACUAUGGCUACUCUGCUCGUGACAUUGCUAACUUCCAAGAAGCUAACUUGGCUCAGUACAGUGCUACAACCGCCAGGGAGAUCAGCCGAAUGUGUGCAGCACUCAAUUCCAUAGAUCGAUAUGGAAGCAACCCAGACUUGAUGCAGUUUGGUAGUUUGGGGAGAGGAACUGGGCCUGGGGCCGCCAGAAUUGCGGCAGGUCUCGGCAUGAGACAAAACCUCCUCUUUGGACUAGAUGGGAAGCCAAUCUCCCACAGUCAAGCGCUAACCAACCUUAUCAAUGCCAGGCAGGCCAGUCUCAGAGCCAUGUACCCUGCUGCUAUUAGGUCCUCUGAUGGGAUGAUCUACUCCACCAUUCAGACCCCCAUCGCUUCUACACUUCCCAUCACAACCCAACCUGCCUCUGUUCUUCGCCCAAUACUGAGGGGGGUCUACAGGCCAUACCCCUCUGCCAACAUGACACCUGUGCCCCUAUCCAGUCUUAGCAGACUACCAAUGAGCCCCAGAAUGCCCUUAACUGGGCAAGCUCAAGUCCGUUACCCAGCACCAGGUCUUCUCCAAACAACGUCAACUACUGCCCCUACUGCUGGUGCUGCAACAACUUCAGCACCAGUAGGUGCCCCAGUGUCUGUUUACUUGACAACUACUAGUUCUACAUUCCAGGAUGAACCGGUUUACCUCGGUAAAGGUGUAUCCUCCUCAGCAGAGGUCCCAGUACAAGGAACAGUUGUCAUACCAAUGGAGCAACAGCAGCAGCCAAUAAACCUGUCCCAGGCCCACCUGAACAGUCAACAACAACAACAGCAACAAGUGGCAACUGCUCAGCAGCAGCAACAGCCUCCAGCAGCCCACGCCUACCCACCCUCAGCUCCUUCACACACUCACGGCUACACCCAACCUCUAGUCGGCCCCUCCGGCCCCACUAGUGGCUUACCCAUCCCAGGGGGUCUCCCUCCCUUCCCUCCACCGGGUGCCAUACACAAGGAGGGUGAAACCGAGGCAGAGAGGCUGCAUCGGCAGCAGGAGCAGCUACUGCAGAUGGAGAGGGAGCGCGUGGAGCUGGAGAAACUCCGGCAACUGCGCCUGCAGGAGGAGCUGGAACGAGAAAGGAUAGAGCUGAAGCUGCACAGGGAGAAGGAGCAGAUGCUGGUGCAGAGAGAGUUGCAUGAGCUGCAGAACAUCAAGGAACAGAACAAGCAGUUGAAAAUCUUUCAAGUUAACUCAGUAAAACAGGUUCUACAGCAGCAGCAACAUGAACGCGAGAAACAACUUGUUCUCCAGAGGGAGCAGUUGGCCCAGCAGAAGUCCCAGCUAGACCAGAUCCAGUCUUUACAGCAUCAGCUCCAGCAGCAGCUUGUAGAGCAGAAGAGACAGAAAACAGCUGCAGCUCAGAGCGUACAGCUGGAUGUGAACGGACAGCCGCUGCCCCCUUACAUCGACUCUCAGAUGGGCUCCCGUUCUCUCCCCAACUCCUCGUCAGAGAUGUGUCUGAGGAGCCAGCAGGAGCACAUGGAGACCAGGAGCAACAUGAGGAAACACAGCUCCAUGACCCGGCUGAGCAGGGACAGUAUGGACGGAGACGGCGUGGUGUUUUACGGCUCCCCCCGCAGGAUCGUGGACAGCUGCGUGCAGACAGACGAUGAAGACGGAGAGGAGAGGUACAUGAUGCGUCAUCGCACCAGAAGGCGUGGUCGCAGCGUUGACUGCUCUGUCCAGACAGAUGACGACGAGGACAAGGCUGAGACGGAGCAGCCUGUCCGUCGAAGACGUUCCCGUUUCUCCCGGCACGCUGAGUCCAACGCCUCUGGCAGUGGCAAUGCCGCUACAUCUACCACAUCCACUGACACCAAGACUGACAACUCCAAGAUGGUAUCCUCCAGUAUCGCCAUCCAGACCAUCAGGGAAAUGUCUUGCCAGACGGAAGUGGAGCACCUAGGAAGAGUCUCCCCAGCAAUCCAUGUGACAGUACCAGACCCGAAUAAAGUAGAGAUUGUGCACUACAUCUCCGGACCUGAGCGGACCAACAAAGGACAGUCUCUAGCAUGCCAGACUGACCCAGAAGCCCAGUCUCAGGGUGUUGUAGCUCCCCAGCUCAGUGUACCAACCACGGUCAGUCCAUAUUCUUCCUCUACCAGUGCUGGAACGCAACAAUCCGGUUCUGUCGACCUCCUGACCCAGCAGCGCCAGCAGCAGCACAUCGCAGCAAACGCAGCCAAGUUUGAGCGCCGCCGCCCCGACCCGCUCGACAUCAACUACCAGCCUCACAACCACCUCCACAACGAGUCCAUCUCCAGCAUCAUCCGGCAGCAGCAGACAAUCCCCAAAUCCCAACAAGUCCUCUACUCCCCUGUCUCCCCCGUGUCCCCUCACCGCCUGCUGGAGACCUCUCUGUCCACUGAGAGGCUGAACAAAGCCCAUGUCACACCUCAGCAGAAGUCCUACACGGCCGAGUCCCCCCAGAGACACCCCUCUGUGCCCCGACCCAUCAAGAGCACCCAGAGGUCCAUGUCAGACCCCAAGCCCCUCAGCCCCACCCAAGACGAGCACACCAAGGCCAGGCUGUCCCUUUACCAACAGCAAGUACUCCAGAGCCAGCUGGCAGCCCUACAGCAGAGCUCGCUGCUCCGUAAGGUCAAGCGAACCCUGCCCAGCCCUCCUCCGGAAGAGACGACCACAUCAGCUCACCUGCCCAUGAUGGCACCUGCCCUCCAACAGGUCUACCUGCCCUCCGUGCCCAGUCACAAGCCCGCCACCAGGUCUGGCCUGGCUGCCAAAGCCAGCCUCCUCAAAGACCUCACCCACGAGCUGAAGGCCGUGGAGCAAGAGUCGACCAAGCUGAGAAAGCAGCAAGCUGAACUGGAGGAGGAAGAAAAAGAAAUCGAUGCUAAACUGAGAUACCUAGAGCUGGGGAUCCACCAAAGGAAAGAGACUCUGGUGAAGGAGAGGGAGAGGAGGGAUAUAGCCUACCUGAGGUGUAUGGGGGACACUAGGGACUAUAUGUCUGACAGUGAGUUGAAUAACCUACGUUUAGCAGCUGCAGCUGCAUCACAUGAGACCAAUGGGCUGCUGUCAACGAGGCCAAGCACUGCCCCACUGAGUCAGUUCACCAGUGACCUAAACACAGCAGCCCAGUACCCGCCCAGCUCAUCCUUCAUCUCCUGUCAGUACCCCCAGAGCCAACCGGCACCACCAAUUCAGCAAACAAGUGCGCCGUACCCGACUUCUACAUUCAACCAGCCUCCCUAUCCAACAGUGUCUCAGUCUCAGGCACUGCCACAGCCCACGCCCCUCCAGAGCCAUGUCCCCCCUCCUGGACCUUCUUACCAGUCUCAAACCUCCUACCCUUCCCACACCUAUCCCCAAAGUCAGCCCCCAUACCCCCAGACAGACAUGGGGAUACCAGCUGCCCCUCAGCCUCAGCCCCAACCGGGGCAUACAGGUUUUGGGCCUGCGCCGCCCGGUCAGCCCCCAUACCCCACCCACAGCUCACCCUAUCCCAGCGCUGUGUCCUCCUACCCCAGCCAGACCACCCCAUACCCCGGGCAGCCCCAAGUUGAUAUCCUGACGGUCCACCCGGGAAGACCGAGGCAGACUUCGCUGGCCGAUCUGGAGCACAAGAUGCCCACCAACUACGAGACAAUCAGCAACCCCACAGUCGUGGUCACCACCACGGCCCAGGACGCUAUCUAUUCCAGCGCAGCCCCCGCUUAUGGUCAGUACACCGGAUCGACCACCAUGGCCAGCUCUUACGGGCCAUAUGGGUCGGCACCAGUGUCCAGCAGCUACGGUGGGUACUCUACCAUGCCACCCAGCACUUAUGGCCAGUAUACUUCAACCGCAGCUAAUUCAUAUGGUCAGUACACCACAACCACUGCUAAUACUUAUGGCUACACCACCACCACAGCCAGCUCUUACGGACAGUACACUUCUACAGUUUCCAACGCCUACGGGCACUCUGUAGACAGUCCCUCCACGUACAGCACCGCAGACGGGAUGUAUGGGGCUCCUGGCUUAGAGCAGAACAUCCCAAGGAACUACAUGAUGAUCGACGACGUAAGCGAGCUUACGGCAAAAGACGGGCUGGGCACGACGACAGGGGACAUGAUGCAUCACGGCGGCAGUGGGCGUUACCCGGGCGACAUCCACGGCCACAGCAGCACCAUUGGCAGCACGACGCGUGGGGGAACUGGCAGCUCCUCGUACGGCAGGGCACCCGAAGAGGAAGCAGCGAUGCAGGAAGAGCUGUACGACCACCACGGCAGGGGUAAGAGCAGCUACAGGCACGGACCUCUAGGGGGCAGCAGCAGCAGCGUGAGCUCUAGCAUGGGUGGGGGAUCCUCCUAUUACUAUGACUACGACUACAAACACGGCGGCAUCCGCUCCGGGGCACAGAAACCUUCGUCGUCCGCCAGAAGCCUCCUGGCUCCUGCUGUUAUGUCCACCAAGCGCAGCAAGCACAGGAAGCUGGGGAGUAUGGAGCAAAAAAUCUCCAAGUUUUCCCCCAUUGAGGAGGCUCGGGAUGUGGAGGCAGAUUUGGCCUCCUAUACGGCAGCGACAGUUGGGGCUUACCCCGCCGCUCACAUUCGAGGGCGCCAGCUGAUCGAGGAUUACGGCUUCAAGGGGACCUUCGAGGGCGGCAGUGGCACCACUCAUGGUAUGCGACACUACGGUUCAAUGACGGAGGAGGACGAUCGGAUCUACUACACCUCCACCGGCCGCUCCCGUUCCACCGGCUACGGCAUGGACAAGAUCUCAGCCAGAGACUACUCUGGGUAUCGCAGCCGAUCCUAUGAGAGGGACGACCGCUCACAGAUCCCCCGAUCUGGCUACACCCGGGGGCGCCACCCAACCCGGCAGUACUCUGAAGAGGAGAGCCCGCUCAGUCCCCUGGGGAGGUUCAUGGGUUCUGGGCGAUCUUCAAGCUUAGGUCCCGACCCGUACGACAGUCGCAGCAGUAGAUAUCAUUACUAUUACGGCCAGUAUGGUUCCAGCCACUCGCUGCCAGACGUACAAGACCACAUACGGGAUCUUCCCAGGACUCAUGUCUACAAGUCGGAUGAUACAUACAUAAUAGACGAUUAUCAUUGUGCUGUGUCAGACAGCGAAGCCUACCAUCUGGGCCAAGAAGAAACGGACUGGUUUGAGAAGCCACGCGCCAGUUCUCGACACUACGGCAGCAGCCACUCAACUGGGAGGAGCCGGCACGGUGUCAAACACACCUACCAUGAUUAUGAUGAGCCUCCUGAGGAGGACCUGUGGCCCCAGGAUGAGUACGGCCACGGCGGGCGACACUCGUCGACUUCAACCCGUGACCAGCGGCACCAUGGCAGCUCUAGCCGACACUCAUCCGCGACACGUCAUUCAGAUGAGCCGAGGGCCUCGAGGUCAUCUAAGGGGCACCCCAAAGACCCGACAAUGCGUCAAGACCCUCAAGCGCGAUCCUCAUCUACAGGAAGGCGUGGCGAGUCAAGGUCCGCAGGGUACCACUCUUCGGAGUACUCCCGAGAUCCAUCUGGGCACCACCACGGGCAGCGCUCCUCCAGACAGGGGGACCCGCACCGUUCCUCACGCAGCAAGUCCCAGCAGGCAGUGGAUAUGCAGGGCCAACCACCAGGCUCCUCCAGGUCUGGCAGCUCUACCCGGGGUCAGGGCCCCGUCGGUGGGCCUACGGGAUCAGGGCGACAGGGCGGUCCAGGCUCCCAGAUAGACGGAGUUCCAGGACAGAGGACCCAGCUCCAACAACAAGCCCAGACAUCAGCGGCCCGGGUGGGGCAGCCCGGUGUCGCAGCGACCACCGGACAGCAGCAGCAGCCCCCAGUCCAAGGACAAGGCAUGGGUAUGGGCAUGGGCAUGGGCAUGGGCAUGGGGCCAGGCCAGGCCAAGCCAGGGCAGAUGGGACCAGCGGGUGGACCCAUGGGGCAGGCCAGGCAGACUGGUCCCCCAGGAACCGCACCAGCCACCAUGGCCAAGAUCGACACGACUCCGGUAACAGCGAUUGGAGCGAAGGCAGCGCCCGUCAUGGCCACAAAAACCGCCCAGCCCCCACUGACAGGCAUAGGAUCCAAGGCGGCUCCUAGGCCAGGAGGUAUUGGCAGCGCAGCAGCAGGUCAGCCUGGCGUGGAGGGAGAAGGCAUGUUGUCCAAAAUCCUCCCUGGAUCUGCCGCUGAGCAGGCCGGCAAACUGGGAGAAGCUAUCACCGGUUUUGGCAAGAAGUUCCAAUCUUUCUUCUGAGGUGCUAAGAUUAAGGACUAUGUAAAUGUCAAAUGACGAAGUCACGAGGCCCCGUACCAGAAAAACCUGUGAAGAUCCCCCUGCUUUUGUUUUACUAAAAGAGAGAGAGGAAGGAGAGAGAGAGAGAGGGGAACAGGGAGGAGAGCUGAGCAUACUGCCAACAAGGACUGGAAUCCUCUGGAUGCUUCAUGUCUCAGGCCUGAGCACACACUGGCAGAGAGAACAUGCUGCUCUCUCUGGCAGGUCAGACAAUCAUGCCAAGCCAACAUCCAUCUUUAGAAGAACUAUCCAGCGUCCCCAGCCAAAGAGUCUCCACCAAACUACCGCGGACCCUAGAACCAACCUGUAGCAGUUAAACACAUCUCCGCCCCUUCAUUACAAAAGAUCAACUGGCAGCCAAAAACGACAGCAAAAUUCAAAGAAAGUUUUUUUGUUUUUGCUGCUCCUCCUUCAUGCCAGUAGAGGGAGCUCUCACCGGAGAUCUACAUAGCCGUUGAAGACGAGUAGAACCACCUCCGCCCUCCAUGUGGAUUUUACACUGCAUCUUCGAUGGAAGGAAAUAAAAGAGUGGUGCAAUUCUACUCCUAUACGCUGACGACGCCACCGUUUAUAUGAGAGCUGCUUAACAGGAAAUGGUAGAUUUACCACGGGCAUGGUGGCAUGCUAGGAUCCUUGGUUUCACAGUCCUGUGCUCAAACUAGGAAUAACAACAAACCAGCCCUCUCUCCUCUUUUCUAUCUCUUCUCAAAGUAAAAAAAAAAAAAAGAGUGGGGAAAAUGGAAUAAAACUUUGCUAACAGGUUUUUCUGGUACAAAAGACCUCUUGUUACAUCACCUGGUCGGAAAUGGAAAUGUCAUGUUGAAUGAAUAAGACAACGCUAACGACGUAGCCGCGUGUCGGCUCGCGUUUCUUUCCACGGUUUGUUUCUAUCUACAUUCCAGAUUGGAACUGUUAAAACCUUUUUGCUCCCCCUCGUCCUCACCUCUCUGCGUUUCUUGAAUGCUGAUUCUUCUUUAUUUCGAAAUCCCCGCCCAACGAUCCUCAACUUGCCAUGUCUUUAAAGAAGUGUAUAGUGGAUAAAAAUAAAUGUAGGAAUUUGGAAUGCAUGGAACUUUAUAUCCAAGACCUUACACUGUUCAUCAUUACUUAACAGAGGCCAUAAAGACACUGGGAAACACAUCUUUUAGCUAGACGACGUAAACAAUAACAAAGAAGAGAGAUUUCCGGAGCAACACACAGGAAUCGGGCCACAGGAAUAAGAGGAGCCUUUUGUUAUUUUAAGGGGAAAAAAAUAGAUUUGGAGUGAAGCCGUAUAUGUGGUUGGGUUGUUUUUCAGCCAUUACAAAGCCAUUAAGACAACAUUUACCUGCAGUGCUUGUGGUGAUGGGGUUUCUCCAACAUGCUCCACAACAUUUGGCUCUCAGAUAUUUCUCAUGUUGUUGUUGGUGGUGAUCAUUUCUUGUGUUUCAUUUUUUUUCUAAUUUAUUUUUAUUUAUUGCCUGGUUCUUAUGUUGCAGGUUACCAAUAUCGCCUUAAUCAUUCUUAAAUAUUUUAUUUUGAAGUAAAAACUGGCAUGUUUUUUUAUUACAACCUGUAAACAUAUUUUCAUCACACCCUUUUUUAUGUAGUAAUAUCAGCUGGAACACUGGCCACAGUGAGAUUAAUUUUUAUUUUUGAUAAUUGUUUGUGAUAUUAUUUUUUCUUUUAUUUAUGUUUUGUAUUGUUUUGUUACCUUCAUCAUGCCCCCCUGUCAAUUUUCUGACUCUUAUUUAUUAUCAAUACUUAUAAAAGCAAUAGAGUAAGAAAGUAAAGAGCACAAUUGUGUCAUUUUAAAAGUUGGAGGAAUAGAAACGUGUUGCCUCCGUUUGUCUUACUUACCACUGAUGUACCGCUAAAGUCUGACUUAAACGUACCACCAAACGUACUCUAAUAUUGUACUACUGCUGUACUAAUACAUCAGAGAGCAGGAGCUCACCUGUAAACAAAGAGUUCGGUACCACCCCAGAUCUUCUCCUCCAACCAACAUGUCUUCAAUCAGCCAGUCAGUGGAUCGGAGUGAUACGCUGCUUGUAUUAGCCAGCUGGAGUCUGAUGUGAAAGCACUGCAGGGCAGCAGAGAGGCACUGAAAAGCAGACCAGUCACACAUAAGCGGCAGAACUGGACUUGACGUCGUCACCUGCGGGGGUUUGGGUUUCAACGUGACUCUUCUGACCCUCCAAGAUGGAUGUUUAUUGGGAGCCCCGCCAAGCUCCUUACACAUCAGUGUGUAUCAGCAUGUGUCUUCACUCUGUCAAAUGUGCACAGCACACGUGAAAGCACACUCGAGAAAUGGUGUCAAAAAAGAAAAAAAAAUCAGCACUCAAUGUGACUGAGGAACCAAAAACAACACUUGGUUGUGUCACGAAGUCACUCGCCUUUUUUUAACUUUUCAUUUUCUAUCGUGGUGGCGUCCAGACCUGUAACCCGACCCCCGAAAACCUCUCUCUCAGACUGUCAGUUGUCAUGGAAACUUCUCAGGUCAGUGUUCUCCCUGCUGUUGCUCCUGCAGUGCAUUGUGGGAUCUGCGGUUCGGUACUCAAAACGUACUCUUGUCGGGCCAAAACAUUGCGAGGCCUUCAGCAAAACCAACGAACCAACCAACUUACUGCUGUAUAUUGUCUGUGUGAACGCUCGCUGGGUAAACUUCGCAUGCCACCCGGCGCAGAAAAACCUCGAAGUCACCUCUAUAUUGUUCUGUUCCUAAUGUUUGUAUGUAUGUGUGUGGGGGUCUGUAUGCGUGUAUUUAACGACCAUCAUCCAAUGUGGAAAAGAAAAGAAAAAAAACACGAGUUCAACCACAACAAAUAUGGUGGGCAGAAGAGGCGACCUCUCAUCUCCAGUCCUUCUAUGCAAUGAAUCAUAUUUGGGAAAAAAAAAAAAAAGCAGAAACACGAGGAGGAAAAAGGGAAGUGAAAAUACACGAAUGGGAGAAAUCACAUUGUUUAUCACACCUGAGUUGUUCUAAUAUCAUUCCCUCAUAGAUCCAAAUAAGGAGAUUCUGUGAGUUUGUUUGUGUAUAAUAUAGGUCACCGGUAAGUUAGGAAAUAAUAAGAAGGGUCUUUGUAUUACUUGUGUUUAACCUGGCACCGGGUUCAGGAUCCCUUCUCAUCUCCUAAUGGGAGUUCCUGCCAAAGGGUCUCUCUCUAAAGAUGUGUUCAUGACAGCUGGGAAAUGGCAUUAAGAGCUGAGAGGACGAGUAAAGCGACGGCAGUGUUGCUGCCAGAGAUGCACCUGUUUUCAGUUAAGGAGUUUCUUUAUUUGCCAUAAAAAUACAAUUCUUCACCGUCACAAGAAAAUGUCAAAGGUCAAUCAGUAAUUCCUGUUGAAACUAGUCUGUUUUAAAGGAAAACCGCAUAAAGAUGAACCUAAAAUGUUCAUGAGCAAUAACCCCAAAGGAAAAAUAGUCCAUUUGCUGUUCCAAUCAGUGAUAUUAGAGAAGUAUUUCCAAGAGAAAACAAGAAAAUAAAAUACAUUUAAAAUGGUGCAGUUAGCGGAAGCACUUAAAGAUCCCAGUUGUCAUGGCGGCAUCGUCGGCUAUCUUGUUUUGUUUUGCUUCAAGCAAGGGGUUAACGGAGUAUACAGCAACGUUGUCCAGAGAUUUAUAUAGACAAAGAUAAAGAUUUAUAUAAAUAUAGACUAUAUACAGUAUAUAUAUAUAUAGAGAGAGAGAGAGAGAGGGAGAUUUCAUUAUAUUCCCUAACGUGGGUUCUGUCUGCUCAGGUGUGAAGAAGGAAAGCUCCUCUUUAUUUAUUUUAUUUAUUUAUUUAUGUAUUUAUUUUGAUGACCGUAUAUUGUUGUUUUGCAGAGAGAGAGAGAAGUAUUUAAAGAAUAUUUAAACACAAAGCCAGUUCAAAUACGACUAUAUAUACAUAUUAUAGACAAUAACACACAAUUUAUAGAUUAUAUUUGACUAAAAAUACUGUGGCUGUAGGCUACUAGUGAAGUACUAUUCAAGGUAAAUUGAAUUAACUGGUGUGAGUUUAUGUUAAAGGUGCACUGCCACGACACACUGGAGAUUUAUGAGCUAAAUACACUGUGGAACGUAAAGAAACUGCAAAUUCAUCUGUCUUUUUUAAUUUGCAGCAUGCUGUGAAAAUGAUUAAGAAGCUAUUAAUGAAAAUACAGAUUUUGAAAAGAGGUGGUUAAAACAUCCUUUAACUCCUUUACAACUCCUACACUUUAUUUGAAAUCACUGAAACUGUGUAAAAGAAGUCAGUAUAUAUUUUUUUGUGAAACAUUUACGAGAUGAUUUAUCUAUGUAAGAAUUUAUUUUAUCAUACCGAGAGAGGGGAUUGAAAGCUGGCUGAGAGCGAAGAGAGAGAUUUAGGUUUACAAUGAAAUAAAUAUACAGACAGAUGUCUAUAGAUCUAUAUAUAUCUAUCGCUGGACUGCACAACCAAUAUCUGAAUCUGAAAAAUCUUUUCCAUUGAAGUUAUGUUUUUUGAGUCUGUCUAACCAGAAAAAUGUCAUCCUGUUUAUUUUAUCACAGAAAAUCAGAUUGUUGGCUGUUUAAAAUGUCAUUUUCUGGUAAUGUGCUGAUUGAUUGUUUUGAUUCCAGAGGUUUCCCUCGGCCCUACUUUACUUUACGUACAAGAUUAGAGGUCAUAAUGCUUGUGGGUAUUUUCUGCCUCUAUAGAGUUAAAUUCAACUGCAGGAUUAAGAGUCUGAUUAUUCUGGUUCUGUUUGGAUCUGUUUGGACAAAACAGCACCGAGCCUUCCCACGUACACUGCCACCAGAUCAGUGACUUCACCACGGACGCUUAAAGAAUUAGUGUCAAAGUAAAUAAUAUGAGAGAGAGUUUAAAGUGACCCAAAUUAAUACCGACUUCCUCUAUUGUAUGUCGUAUGUUUUUGGAAGUUUGUAUAAAAAAAAAAAAAGAAAAACUAAAAUGUUCAAUAAAAUGUUCCUCAAUCACUUUUGCCUCAGGAAA